CCCGUGCUCCUCUCGGCCAGCCGACCCACUUGCCGUCGGCGCUAUAGCAACGGUAACUAGCGGCUGAGAGAGAGUGGCGAUAGGCAAUGUCUGGUCCAGCUGAUGAGACUGCAGGAGACCUGCCUGUGAAAGAUAUAGGUCUAAAUCUCUUUGGAAUGGGAAGGUUACAAGAAACUUCAACAACACGGACAAUGAAGUCUCUCCAGGCAGUGUCACGUAUCAGUCGUGAGGAACUGGAAGACAGAUUUUUGCGUUUGCAUGAUGAGAACAUUUUACUCAAACAGCAUGCCCGCAAGCAGGAGGAUAAAAUUAAAAGAAUGGCCACCAAGUUAAUACGGCUAGUUAAUGACAAGAAAAGAUAUGAGCGGGUUGGUGGCGGCCCCAAGCGGCUGGGAAGAGAUGUGGAAAUGGAAGAAAUGAUUGAGCAGCUGCAAGAGAAAGUUCACGAGCUUGAAAGACAAAAUGAAGUCCUCAAAAACAGACUAAUAUCAACCAAACAGCAACUUCAGAUCCAGGGUCACAGGCACACUCCAUACAAUUAUGUGCAAUCUCGUGUUAACACUGGGCGUAGAAAAGUGAAUGAAAAUGCAGCCAUACAGGAAUGCCCCAGGAAAGGUAUUAAAUUCCAAGAUACAGAUGUAGCAGAAACUCUGCAACCCAUGCCUGCUGCAAAAUAUGGCAACAGUUUACUUGAAGAAGCCAGAGGAGAAAUAAGAAAUUCAGAAAAUGUUAUUCAGUCUCAGAGAUGCCGGAUAGAAGAGUUGGAGGACUUGACUGAGCUCCUGAAAACCCAGUUGAGGAGAAAAGAAAAUGAAGUUGAGUUAUCUCUUCUUCAGCUUCGGGAACAGCAGGCUACAGAUCAAAGGUCAAACAUUCGGGACAACGUAGAAAUGAUUAAGCUUCAUAAGCAACUAGUGGAGAAAAGCAAUGCUCUUUCAGUAAUGGAAGGAAAAUUUAUUCAGCUUCAAGAGAAGCAAAAAACUCUCAGGAUCAGCCAUGAUGCCUUGAUGGCAAAUGGAGAUGAGCUAAAUAAGCAACUCAAAGAGCAGCGUUUAAAAUGCUGCAAUCUUGAGAAACAAUUACGUUCCGUGACAUUUUCUGAAAGAAGAGUAGAAGAGCUGCAGGAUAGAAUUAAUGAUUUAGAAAAGGAACGGGAACUUUUAAAGGAAAACUAUGAUAAACUUUAUAACAGUGCCUUCAGCGCUGCCCAGGAGGAGCAAUGGAAGCUGAAGGAACAGCAGCUGAAAGUACAGAUUGCUCAACUCGAGACUGCUUUAAAAUCUGAUUUAACAGACAAAACUGAAAUCCUUGACAGACUAAAAACUGAAAGAGACCAACAUGAGAAAAUCAUUCAAGAAAAUAGAGAACUACAGUUACAGUACCUGGAACAAAAGCAACAACUUGAUGAACUUAAAAACCGCAUGAAGUUUUACAACCAGGAGAGUAAUAUUAAUGCUGAUGAAUUGAGUGAGGCUCUCCUGCUUAUAAAGGAUCAAAAAUCACAAAAAAAUGGAGACCUUUCUUUUUUGGAGAAAGUAGACAAUAAAAUUUAUAAUAAAGAUCUAGAACGCUCCAUGAAAGAGCUGCAAGCAACUCACGCUGAAACAGUGCAAGAACUUGAAAAGACAAGAAACAUGCUAAUUAUGCAACAUAAAAUUAAUAAAGACUAUCAGAUGGAAGUUGAGGCAGUGACCCAGAAGAUGGAAAAUUUGCAGCAAGAUUAUGAACUCAAAGUGGAACAGUAUGUUCAUCUUCUUGAUAUCAGGGCUGCACGCAUCCAGAAACUAGAAGCCCAAUUAAAGGAUAUUGCCUAUGGCACCAAGCAGUAUAAAUUCAAACCAGAAAUCAUGCCAGAAGACUCCGUUGAUGCAUUUGAUGAAACCAUUCACUUAGAACGAGGCGAAAAUCUAUUUGAAAUCCAUAUCAACAAAGUAACCUUUUCUUCUGAAGUUUUACAGGCAUCUGGAGAAAAAGAGCCUGUCACUUUCUGUACCUAUGCUUUCUAUGAUUUUGAACUACAGACAACUCCCAUUGUGCGGGGCCAUCACCCAGAAUAUAACUUUACUUCUCAGUAUCUUGUUCAAGUUAAUGACUUAUUCUUACAAUACAUUCAGAAAAAUACUAUCACUCUCGAGGUCCACCAAGCUUACAGCACAGAUUAUGAAACAAUUGCAGCAUGUCAGUUGAGAUUCCAUGAAAUUCUAGAAAAAAGCGGUCGAAUAUUUUGUACAGCAAGUUUGGUUGGAACUAAAGGAGACAUCCCAAAUUUUGGGACAGUGGAAUACUGGUUCCGAUUAAGAGUUCCCAUGGAUCAAGCAAUUAGACUUUAUCGAGAACGGGCAAAGGCUUUGGGAUAUAUAACAUCAAAUUUUAAGGGGCCAGAGAAAAUGCAAUGGUUAAGUCAGCAAGCGCCCAACCCUGCUCAGCUCAGUUCUACUGAUUCCACAGAUGGCAACUUAAAUGAACUUCACAUUACAAUAAAAUGUUGCAACCACCUGCAGUCCCGAGAAAGCCACCUUCAGCCACACCCAUAUGUUGUGUACAAGUUUUUUGACUUUGCAGACCAUGAUACAGCCAUCAUUCCCAGUAGCAAUGAUCCACAGUUCGAUGAUCAUAUGUGUUUCCCAGUGCCAAUGAAUAUGGAUUUGGAUCGAUAUCUUAAGUCAGAGACUCUGAGUUUUUAUGUAUUCGAUGAUAGUGAUACCCAGGAGAAUAUCUACAUAGGAAAAGUCAGUGUGCCACUGAUUUCACUGGCACAUGACAGGUGCAUUUCAGGAAUAUUUGAGUUAACAGAUCAUAAAAAGCAUCCAGCAGGAACUAUCCAUGUUAUACUUAAAUGGAAAUUUGCUUACCUUCCACCAAGUGGAGCCAUAACAACUGAAGACUUAGGAAAUUUCAUAGACAAAGAAGAGUCUGAAGUUGUUCAAAGACUACCUCCAACAUCCUCUGUUAGCACAUUAAUUGUAGCACCAAAACCUAAACCAAGACGUUUAGCCCCUAAAGAUAAGAGGGUGUCUUUUGUGGAUAUCACCCCACAUCAGCAUUCUGAGACCUCUACUCCUCCUAAAGAUAUGAAGGAAAUUUCACCAGAAGUGGAACAUACACCAGAAAUAGAAAUCAGUAUGCCAACUGUUUCACAUAUUCCCAAGGUUUCUCAGGAAAACAGUAUCGAUAAGCUUAAAGAGAAAACUGAGAAAAUGCAACAAGUAAAAGAUGAUGUGUCUUUACUCUCUGAGGGUCAGCUUGCCAGAAAAAGUUUGACUUCUUCUGAAGAUGAAACAGAAAUAACUGAAGAACUAGAACCAGGAGAUGAAGAGGACAAAUCAGCUUCUGACAGUGAUGAGUGUAUUAUUCCAGUUCCCAUCUCUAAGAACGUCAAACAGUCAUCAGAAAAAAUUCAGAUUGAGAUCAUAGCUCUAAGCCUUAAUGAUUCUCGACUAACUGCAGAUGACACUAUCCAGCGGCUGUUUGUUGAGUGUCGAUUCUACACUCUUCCUGCUGAAGAGACACCAGUGUCACUUCCAAAACCCAGGAGUGGGCAGUGGAUCUACUAUAACUUUAGCAAUGUGAUCUACGUGGAUAGAGAAAACAACCAAGCAAAGAGAGACAUCUUAAAAGCUAUUCUGCUAAAACAAGAGAUGCCGAACAGAAGCGUCCGCUUCACUGUGGUCAGUGACCCCCCAGAGGAUGAGCAGGAUCUGGAGUGUGAGGACAUUGGCAUGGCUAACAUUGACCUCGCUGACAUGUUCCGGGAAGGGAGCGACAUCAUCGAGCAAAAUAUUGACGUUUUGGACACUCGAGCAGAUGGUGGAAGUAUUGGCAAGCUCAAAGUAACAGUCAGAGCACUCGAUGCCCUACGGUCUGUCUACGAGCAAUACAGAGAUGACUUGGAGGCUUGAAAGAAACUGGUCCAGAGGCAUCGCCUACUCCUGAGUAAAUGCUCACAUGAAAGCACUCAGACGAGAUUUUUGUAAUUACUCUGGUGUAUAUAAUCUAUAAUUCAUAGGGAUCUGGGAGGGGGGAGGCCUGAGUUUGAAGUGUUCAAGUUUUGUGUACUUUUUCAUUUGUUUAUUUUCCUAGUCCCUCCUUCCCAGGACUGCCGACCCUCAGGACUUAAGUUCUCCACAGUGGGCAGCACCUUCUCAAUAAUUUAUACCUACAUGAUAGCAUGAGAAAGUCUAUUUGCAUUUUCAACAUUCUUAUGAAGAACUGAAAUGCAAUUCCCAUUUUUAUUUUUAAUAAGCAAAAAAGCAUAAAUCUUAGAAAACCGAUGAAAAAGAAAUACUUUUAUGUUAUCCCUAAUUGUCCCCCUAAAUGGAAUGCCUGUGAUUAGCCUCAUUAAGAGUUUUAUACUGUGAAGAUUUUAUUAGAAGCAAUAUAUGAAAAUUACUUGGAUUAAUGUGUUAAUCUUCCUCUUUAAAAUGCUAAUAUCCAUUUUAUGCACAUUAAAGCUCAGUAUGCAUUUUCUUUGAUGCGUGCCGUUUCCAUCAAUUAAAUAUAAAGAAUGAGACUUGGCACCAACUUA